AUGGCGGCCGCGGCGGCGCUCUCGGGCGCGGGCGCCCCUCCCGCGGGCGGCGGGUCUGGGGGCGGUGGGUCCCCGCCGGGCGGCUGGGCCGUGGCGCGGCUCGAGGGCCGCGAGUUCGAGUACCUCAUGAAGAAGCGUUCGGUGACCAUCGGGCGCAACUCCUCGCAAGGCUCAGUGGACGUGAGCAUGGGCCACUCGAGCUUCAUCUCACGGCGCCACCUGGAGAUCUUCACGCCCCCGGGCGGCGGCCACGGAGCGGCCGCACCGGAGCCCGCUCAGCCCCGUCCGGACGCGGGUGGUGACUUCUACUUGCGCUGCCUCGGCAAGAACGGCGUGUUCGUGGACGGCGUGUUUCAGCGGCGUGGGGCCCCGCCGCUGCAGCUGCCGCGUGUAUGCACGUUCAGGUUCCCGAGCACAAACAUCAAGAUAACGUUCACGGCCCUGUCCAGUGAGAAGAGGGAGAAACAGGAAGCACCCGAGUCACCAGUGAAACCUGUGCAGCCACACAUCUCGCCUCUGACCAUCAACAUUCCAGAUACCAUGGCCCACCUCAUUAGCCCCCUUCCCUCCCCCACAGGAACCAUCAGUGCUGCAAACUCCUGCCCAUCCAGCCCCCGGGGAGCAGGGUCUUCAGGGUACAAAAUUGGCCGUGUGGUACCAUCUGACCUCAAUUUAAUGGCUGAUAAUUCACAGCCAGAAAAUGAAAAGGAAGCUUCAGGUGGAGACAGCCCAAAGGAUGAUUCAAAGCCACCAUAUUCCUAUGCACAGUUGAUAGUACAAGCAAUUACAAUGGCUCCUGAUAAACAGCUCACCCUGAAUGGAAUUUAUACACAUAUCACUAAAAAUUACCCAUACUACAGGACUGCGGACAAGGGCUGGCAGAAUUCAAUUCGCCACAAUCUCUCUCUGAACCGUUAUUUCAUCAAAGUGCCGCGUUCCCAGGAAGAACCAGGCAAAGGCUCCUUCUGGAGGAUAGACCCUGCCUCCGAGAGCAAGCUGGUAGAGCAGGCUUUUAGGAAGAGACGGCCUAGGGGUGUGCCUUGCUUUAGAACCCCCUUGGGACCGCUCUCCUCUAGGAGUGCCCCGGCCUCUCCCAACCAUGCAGGAGUGCUGUCUGCUCACUCCAGUGGCGCCCAGACCCCUGAGAGCCUGUCAAGGGAAGGUUCCCCGGCACCCCUGGAACCUGAGCCUGGCGCCUCACAGCCCAAACUUGCUGUCAUCCAGGAGGCACGAUUUGCCCAGAGUGCACCAGGGUCACCUCUCUCUAGUCAACCCGUCUUAAUCACCGUCCAGCGGCAGCUACCCCCAGCACUUAAGCCUGUCACCUAUACUGUUGCCACUCCAGUGACCACCUCCACCUCCCAGCCACCGGUCGUGCAAACGGUCCAUGUCGUCCACCAGAUACCAGCAGUGUCAGUCACUAGUGUGGCUGGACUGGCCCCAGCAAACACAUACACAGUUGCUGGACAGGCUGUGGUUGCUCAAGCCACAGUUCUGGCCCCUCCUAAGGCAGAACCACAAGAAAAUGGUGACCAUAGAGAAGUCAAAGUGAAAGUAGAGCCUGUUCCGGCAAUUAGCCAAGCAACCCUAGGUGCCGCUAGCAGAAUCAUCCAAACAUCACAGGGCACCCCUGUCCAGACGGUCACCAUAGUACAGCAGGCACCUCUAGGUCAACACCAGCUUCCAAUAAAACCUGUAACGCAAAAUGGGACUCACAUGGUACCAAUUUCCACAGCUGUGCACGGCCCAGUGAACAAUGCAGCAGCAAGUCCUCUGCACAUGUUGGCAACUCAUGCAUCGGCGUCUGCAUCUCUGCCGACAAAGCGCCAGAACGGUGAUCAGGCAGAGCAGCCAGAGCUCAAGAGAAUCAAAGCAGAAGACAGCGAGAGCAUUGUGAUUGCCCUGAGUGUGGACGCACCACCAACAGCUGUGAGGGAAAAGGGGCUCCAGAACUAGCUGCUGGGAGAGCUUUUCUUACUUUAGACAUCAACCUUGUGGUGCCAAAAGGAGGCUGCCUCUCAUUGAAGCAGGGGUGCAUCCUCUUGGUGGGUAAAGGGCCCUGUGGUUGGACUUCACCUCUCAGCACUGAAUACAUGAACCCAGGUGGCCUUAAAACUCCUUAAAGUCAGAAGUCACACUUGAACAGACCCACAAUAGCAACCCUGGUUCCAGAGGUGGUGUCUCCCACAGAGUGCUUGCUGUGCUGCUGUCUGUGGGCUCAGCUCAGCUUUUACAACAAACAAGAACUCCAGGUCCUGAAGGACCAAGCCUUCUGUGAGGACAUGCAGUCACUGCCUGCUGCAGGCAGAUCUCACCAGCUGGGCUCUCCUCCAGGGGCAGGGCUGGAGCCACCCACUACCCUCACAGGACCCUAGGCUACAGCUGAGAGACAAGACAGUAUUUUGUUGUUCUCAUGUGGAAUUAGAAUACUUUGAGGUGUACUUUCUUUAAAAAGUAAUGGGGUCUUUGACAUUUCACAUCACUCCAUUUCUACUAUGGAAAUUUUGCAGUCACAGGACCUUUCCUGUGGACUUAACUUGGGGAAAAGAACAUCAUUCUUUUUGUUUCUGUGGUUUGUUUUCUUCCCAAGGAAUGGUUUGCUCAGGUCUGUCCUGCAGCAUUCAGGUGGCGCGCUCCUUUAGGAUACCUGCCCAUUUCUGUGUUUAAACAGUUGCCUAAUGAAUUAAGCCCACCCCACGUCGGUGUGUAGGGUGGCUGGGGCCACAACUGCACUGAUCCGUGAGGCCCAGAAGCAGAGGGGUUGAAGGGAUAGCCAGGAGCCUCCAAGCUGCACGUACCUGCUCUUACUUGCCCGUUUUUGUUGUCUGUCUUUUUAUGUUGACUUUGUCCCUGGCAUAAUUUCCCACUCCAGUAAAGCGAGUCUCCGAAGUAUUGUGUAUGCUUAAAGCGACAGAACCCUACCUUUCCUCCUCAAGAAAACAUACAGACUUUUGUCACAUACUCUUUCAGACCAAGAUCACAGAUCUCUCUGCAGUACCUGUGAUAUCUUAGUGAUUGGCACUGGCUUCCAGCAUUGUCCGACCUGCUGUCUGCAUGGCGAACUCGUGGUGGGAGUUGUAGAUGAGAAGCUGCCAGCUAGCUGGGUGGUCUUGGAAGCAAGGCCCCGUGGCUAAGCAUCAUGAGCUCCCAGGCUUCCCUGGCCUUUUAGAACGAAGUCCCAUACUAAGGCUGACUUCUCUCUACAACCAAUGGAAUUGAGGGGGAAGGAGACAAGGGCGAGGAGAGGUAGGGGGCUGGCAGCCCCGUCCCACACUCCUCAGGAGCACCACUUGCCUUUUGAGAGUGUUCCAGGGUCAGGGCGGAACAGCAAGCAGAGAGGGCUUUAGCCUUAUUGUGAGUUUUUUAGUGUCAUCAUCAUAACAUUAUUUAUUUAAAUGUAGUUAUUUUGGUAUUUAAUUUUUUUAAGAGAGGGGGGACAAAACCCCUGUAUUUUCCUGGUAGAAUGAAAUGGCUCAGAAUGGUAUAUUUAGGCAAUUUAAAAACAUUUACAUAAAGACCAAAUAUGGUAAGUCUGUUCUAAGUAUUGCGUGUCAUCCCUAGUUUGGAGCUGUCACAAUGUUACUGCAGAUGAUGUGUGUUAAAAUUAUGGAGUUACUGCACAGUAGCUGGACUUAUAAACUCAGCCACUUAAAAAAAUAAAGGUGAGACAUCAUGUGAGUGAGACCGUGUGUGCCCGCAGCAGAGUCUGCUUUCAGACUGCAGCCUGGGGACCAGAACCCUCCAAGCAGCAGUCUGCCUCCUUCUCACUUUACAGGCACCUUGGAAUGCAUAUUUAUUUUUGCGUAUUUGCAGUUUGCAAAGUACUUUGGGAGUACUGUGUCCUGCAUGUGGUCCAAACUGCAAGCCUCAGCUAACAUGGUGUGUUCUGGCAGGAGACCACCAGGUGAGGAGCUGAAUUUGUGCAGUACCAACUGUGUACACUGUACCUGGAGGUAUCUGCAGUUUUUCCCCUACAUGUGUGAAACCCACCAACUGGUUACCUCCGAGCUCCAAACAGAUAUGGAUCUGGAGGAGUUUCUCUUGGGGUAAGAGAUAAUGCCCAACUCAAAAUUUAAAGAUGAAAGGAGGACCUGUUUGAGGUUUUUGUUUUCAGGUGGCAUUUUCAGUUUGAAGCAAGUGAACUGUGCCUGGGCACCUGUGAGGCAUGCCUUUCUCGUCCUUGUUACUAUAUGCCAUUGCUGCUGCUUCGGGACAUAGGAAUGUAAGACUGUCAAGGAGAGAGCAGAAACCAAACCAUGGAUUAGCCAAGUCCUUUAUCCAGGUUUUCUUCCCAGUCUUUAAGGCACUGGUUGAAUUUUAUCUUUAGCUGAGUUCCCAGGAGCCCUUCACAUACCAUAGUGCUGGGCCUCCUGCAUUGCAGUCCUCAGCAGGUGCCUGCUGCUCACUGAUCAUCCCAGGGCCAUUUGACCCUUACACCACAGAUAACGUGCAGCAAGCUCCCAACUCCAUGAUGGUUCCUCAGUGUCUUACGCUCAAGAAGUCUUUAAUUUUUUCCAAACUUCUGAGCUCCCUCAGGGACUAGACAUUUUCAGCAGCUUUACCCUGAACUACACAAGAAAAAGGGAAACUCACCUAUGUCCCAAGCACACAGUGCAUUCCAGUGUGUGAUGUGACUAGAUAGAUCCCUUGUACUACAGGAUGUGCUCAGACAGCUGGUCUCAAAUACCCCACCACUACCUUGUCCUCUGAUGGGAUCACAGAGUAGCUACAGUAUUCUCAGAAGAGGUGGGAUGAGCUUUAAGACUUGGGAUUUUCUAUGCUAUGUGACACAAGGAGAAAAGUGACAAUCGUGAAGUCCAAGCGUCUGCUGUUCUAUAGAGAAAGCAGAGUAGUAAUCGUUGUGCAAAGAUUUGGAAUUUUUAAAAAGUACCAAGUUCCUGAAAUUCAAUAAAAUAUUUUUAUUAAUUUUAA